CAAGAAACAUUUUGCCGAUGUUAUUUGCUAAUUCCUUUAUUAAAAAAGAAGUGCAACUCCAGGGCUGAUAACUGUAACCGGCAUUGAUUUCUAAGCCCAUUUCCAAUUCACCACGGAUCAGAGCUACGUGCGCUUGCUUCAAGUUUUGUGCGAAACGCCAAUUAUUAAAAAAAUCAACUAAAAAUGUUCGUGUCGACAGUCUCUCGCAUUGCCCCCGUUGCCAGGAGCGCGCUCCUUGCCAACUCGAAGCAAUACUUGCGACCAUUGAGCAGCGCCGUCAUCAGCCAGAGCCAAACUUUGGCCGCUCAGAACACAACCCCAGUUGCAUUACUGCCACAGAUCAGGUCAUUCCAGACCUCACCAGUCACGCGUGACAUUGAUUCGGCUGCCAAAUUCAUUGGUGCUGGUGCUGCAACAGUCGGUGUCGCUGGUUCCGGUGCUGGUAUCGGAACAGUAUUCGGUUCUCUGAUCAUUGGCUAUGCCAGGAACCCAUCGUUGAAACAGCAGCUGUUCUCCUAUGCCAUUCUGGGUUUCGCCCUUUCCGAAGCUAUGGGUCUGUUCUGUCUUAUGAUGGCCUUCCUGCUGCUGUUCGCCUUCUAAAGCGCCGCCCACACCAGGACGACGCUCCUCCUCCGUUUUCUCGCUUUUGGCUUCCUUGCCAUCAACGAGAAAUCAAAGUAUAUAGCGAAGAAGAAGAAACAACCAGCAACAAACAAACAAACGGACAAACAACAUCGAUGUUCGUUUAUUCGAUUAUUAAUGAUAACAAUAAUGAUUGAUUGAUUGAUUGAUAGCCAACAAACAACAACAAGUUCAUCCUGUGUACUAUCUAAUUAUAAAAUAACAACAACAAAAACAACCAACAAAACAUAAUAUAUGUAAUUUUGUUUUUCAAAAACAUUCGUGGCCAUCGACUUAAAACAAAGAUAAAACGAAAACCAGCAAACCAAAAUCAAUGCUCAGUAGAAGAAAAACACAAUCUUUAGUUUUAAACAGCAAACGGCAAGGAAAUAUUGGAAAACAAUCGAAAAACACAAGUUGGCAGCCAGCCGGAAAGACGAAGGCAGACGCGAUUUAAACGAGAUAUUUUAAAAAUUAAAAUUAAAUUUUAAUUCACAUAUUGCAAGCUUUAGAGAUGCACAUAGCAGUAGUUAACCCCUAUACCACCCACCCACAAAACCUCCCAUAUGAGAAAGUUAAGCGUGUUCUUCAGCUCUCUCUCUCUCUCCACGCCACAACUUGCCUUGACGCACAACAUCUGAGUCGAGGCGGCAAGGAGGCACGUGCAACUUUCUUUGUGGGGAGAGCGCGGUGUGUUUGCCUCUAUGGUUUUUCUUUCUGUUCAUCUUUUGAAUUGAUGUGGCGCGUACUGAUAACAUUUCCUUAAGUUUCAAUUAGUGUUCUUUUUUGUUUUUGUAUUAACAAAUUUUUAUUGCCACUUUAAUCAUUGUCACAUAGUCGAAUAAAGUGGGGAUUCUUGCAUUGGCUAGAGCAACAGCAAAACGAAAUAAAGGUAUUUGAAUGAUUGUGAAAUAAAGGAAAAAUGAAUGUGUUAAAGAAUCAAAA